AUGUGUUGUUGCUUCAACACCACCUUCCUUCAUGUUGUUCGGUACUUUGAGGAAGCUGAUGCAGACAUCAAGGCAAUCAUUGCGGAGUUAUCGGAGAUGCGCUAUCGCAUAGCCACCGAUAAACCACUUGAAGACAUCAGCGAUACUUCGUAUAGCCAUGAUAUGUGGAAUAGACUGUUGGCGAAUCUGAGAACAAAACAUGGUGAGGAUGGAGUGACGUGGUUCAAGACAGAUUGGCUGUUUGCGGAGUGUUAUAUGUACAGAAGGAUCGUUGGUACCACGGCCAAGUCAAAAUAUUUAAAAUUUUUCGAUUAUUUUCGCAAACAGAAAGUUGAGAGUUUCAAUGACCAUGUGGGACAAAUUCGCGACUGCAUUAACUACAUGCUCGUCUCAUCCGAAGAGGUUACUAUUCAAAAGCAAAGAGAAACUCUAGAAGUUAUGUUGAAGAUGUGUCUUUGGGGAAAUCGCUGUGACCUAUCGUUGUCAUGUGGCGGUCCCACAAAGCUUGCUCAUUCUCCAAUUGAAAGUGCUCGGAUGCUGGAUUCAUACAUUUUGUGUGAUGAUAUUGGAGUAGCUAUGGAUUCCUACCUAUUAAAUCUCAAACCAAGCGGAAAGGGUUCAAGACAAUUUCACAUAGUUCUUGAUAACACUGGACCGGAACUACUGGGUGAUCUAAUCCUCGCGGAAUACCUUAUGGGAGCAAAGCUUGUGGAUAAAACAGUACUCCAUGGAAAAGAGUAUCCCUACUUUGUUUCCGACGUAACUGGUAAUGAUUUUGAAUGGUCUUUGGAAGAGCUGAAUAGGCUCGGAAACGUAUUUCAAAGACUGUAUGAGAAACUCUUUGGAAGGAUUAAGAAGGGCGAGUUGGUAUUCCAAGAUCAUCGUUUCUGGACGUAUCCGCAUCCAUACUGCGAAAUGAAAUCGGUGGCACCAGAUCUUUAUAAGCAGUUAUCCGAAGCAUCUUUCAUCAUGUUCAAAGGAGAUCUGAACUAUCGGAAAUUGGUAGCUGACAGAGACUGGCCGUUCGAAACAACUUUCAAAACUGCUCUAUGCGGUUUCCUACCUGCUCCUAUCCUUGCAUUGCGCACGUUGAAGUCAGAAACAGUCGCCGGUCUACCAGAAAGUGUGGCUCGACGGAUGUGCAAUGAACCUGAUACGAAGUGGAUGGUUACCGGCGAGUACGCAAUAGCAGAGCUUGCUUGUUAG